UACGCUGAGGUUCCACCACUGAAGGAGUGCAACAGUGCCAGCAAAGACAAACUUUCAGGGGAUCUAUCAAUCUCCACGGAGGAGAGGCUAGUGAUCCACCUGCUGAACCCAGCACAUUACAACAAACUGAUCCGCCCCGCAAUAACAAGCUCACAACUGGUGUCAGUGCAACUGAUGGUGUCCCUCGCACAGCUCAUCAGUGUGCAUGAACGGGAACAGAUAAUGACCACAAACGUCUGGCUCACACAGGAAUGGACUGAUUACCGACUGGCCUGGAACCCAGCUGAAUACGAUGGGAUUGUGAAAGUCCGGCUGCCGUCUACUCGCAUCUGGCUCCCGGACGUGGUCCUGUACAAUAACGCUGAUGGCACCUACGAGGUGUCCUUUUACUCCAACGCAGUGGUCUCACAUGACGGCAGCAUCUUCUGGUUGCCCCCCGCCAUCUACAGAAGCGCCUGCAGGAUCGAAGUCAGGCAUUUCCCCUUCGACCAGCAGAACUGCACCCUCAAGUUCCGCUCCUGGACCUACGACCGGACGGAGAUAGACCUGGUGCUGCGCUCGGAGGUGGCUAGCCUGGAUGACUUCACCCCGAGUGGCGAGUGGGACAUAGUGGCCCUGCCGGGCCGGCGUAACGAGAACCCGCACGACCACACCUACGUGGACAUCACGUAUGACUUCAUCAUCCGGAGGAAGCCUCUCUUCUACACCAUCAACCUGAUUAUCCCCUGCAUGCUGAUCACCUCCUUGGCCAUCCUGGUCUUCUACUUACCCUCAGACUGUGGGGAGAAGAUAACCCUGUGCAUCUCUGUACUGCUGGCCCUCACCGUCUUCCUGCUCCUCAUCUCCAAGAUUGUGCCACCCACCUCGCUGGAGGUGCCGCUCAUGGGCAAGUACCUGAUGUUCACCAUGGUGCUGGUCACCUUCUCUAUCGUCAGCAGCGUGUGCGUGCUCAACGUGCACCACCGCUCGCCCACCACCCACACCAUGCCCGCCUGGGUGCGCUUGGUCUUCCUGGACAAGCUGCCCGGCCUGCUGUUCAUGAAACCGCCCAGGGAACACUGUGCCAGGCGGCGGCUGCGGGAGCAGUGGGGCACCCUGCCAGGGUGCCAAGGAGGAAGAGGAGGUGGGAGGUGGCAUCCAUCCAGGAGUGGCACCUGCCUCGUCAACCAGGGGGCAUCCAUGGGUGGGUGCAAGGUCCGUGUCUUGGAGCUGCCAGAGGCUGUGAAUGGGAAGCGAGAUUGCCAGGAGGAGGCGGUGGGUGAUGAGUCUGGCAGCCCACGGUUUGCAGAGAUGAUGGAUGGAGUGGAAUUCAUCGCCCAUCACAUGAGGAGCAACAAUGAUGCUGAAAGCGUGGUGGAGGACUGGAAGUACGUUGCUGCAGUGACUGACCGGCUUUUCCUCUGGCUGUUUGUGGUGGUCUGUGUGCUUGGGACAACAGCAAUGUUCUUGCAGUCACUCUGCCAGGACUUCCAGCUCAAGAAAUUAAUCCCGUUUGGCGCUCCUGAACAGCAGUAG